AUGACUUUGAAGAAUGUACUCGUACCAAUCGCUGAUGGCUCAGAGGAAAUAGAGACAUCUAUCAUCAUUGACGUUCUACGCCGUGCAGGUGCCAAUGUUGUUGUGGCCAGUGUCUCUGAUAACUUGGAAAUAGUGGCAUCUAGGAAGAUGAAGAUUGUGGCUGAUGCACUAUUGAAGGAUGUUCACAACAAGCAUCAAUGGGACCUAAUCACACUGCCAGGUGGAAUGCCCGGCGCUGAUAAUCUAUCAAAGUGUAGCACAUUGAUCACUUUGCUCAACAAUCAGAAGGAAUCAAACAGAUUGUAUGGUGCGAUAUGCGCUUCACCAGCUGUUGUACUGGCUCAACACAACCUGUUGAAUGAGAAGGCCACUUCAUACCCUUCACACAUGGAGAAGCUUGGCAACAAAGCCGUUGCAUCAAAGGAUCAACGAGUUGUUGUCGAUGGCAACUGUGUCACCAGUCAAGGACCUGGCACAUCAUUUGACUUUGUCCUUACCCUUGUCCAACUACUCUAUGGAGAGGAGAAAGCAACAACAAUUGAGAAAGGAUCUCAUUGUUUGAUUGAAGGAUCAUUCAAUCAUAGUUGUUGGCGGAUGCCUGGCAACACUCACCACUGUACAUUAAAGCAUCAUCAUCAUCACAUUGAU